CUACAAAGUACCCGGAACAGAGACCACUAUGUUGAGUCCGCUUGUCAUGUGUGCUGGAUGCAGGUGAGCGCGCGGUUUCGGGAAUUCGCAAAGACUAAACAAGGAAGAUGAGGUCUGAAGUUAGCGCACAAUUUCAACCCACUAUCUCCUAGUUUUGUUCCCGCCCCUUUCCUGGUGCUAAUAUCAGGUUUCUAUGUGGCACCACAGAAAGAUCCAGCAGGUUGAAACACAGCUUCUGUAAAGCCUUUGUCCUCAUUCGGUUCAUGUGACCAGGUGUGAACAGGACGAGCUGGCACCGUGGACUCUGGUUGCGUGACUCUGCUUGGAUUUCCCCAUACUGAAUUUGUCUUUAAAGUUUCCAUUGAAUCAUGGGCAGUAAACAUCUACACAGACACAAGGCCCACGGCACAGUGUGACACACAUACCUCACGAGAAGAGAUUAUUAGGCAGCCUCUAAAGGUACGAGUAAGCCAUAGUUCGCUAUGGCGAACCAGGAACCCCCCAACCCCUCCUACACCGUCUUCGACCACUUUGUCCUAGCCCAGAGCUGCAAGGACGUGCAGCGCUACUUUGCAGAGCUGUGUCACCACCUAGAGGUGGACCCCCAGGACUAUCAGACCUUCUACUCCAAGCUGAAGGAGAAGCUCAACUACUGGAAGGCCAAGGCCCUGUGGGUGAAACUGGAUAAGAGAGCUGCUCAUCCAGAUUACCAGAACGGGAACGUUUGUGCUAAAAACAAGUGCCUGGUUCUGGGCGCAGGGCCCUGUGGGUUGAGGACAGCCAUAGAGCUGGCUCUGCUGGGAGCUCAGGUGGUGGUUCUGGAGAAGAGGGAGUCGUUUGCCAGGAACAAUGUGCUGCACCUGUGGCCCUACACCAUCUGCGACCUUCGGGGUCUCAGCGCCAAAAAGUUCUAUGGCAAAUUCUGUACUGGUGCCCUGGACCACAUCAGCAUCCGUCAGCUGCAGCUGAUCCUGCUGAAGGUGGCUCUGCUGCUGGGGGUGGAGGUUCACACAGGGGUGGAGUUCCGAGGCCUGCAGGAGCCCUCGGGGAACACAGGCUGGACGGCUAAGCUGCACCCUGAGUCUCAUCCUGCCGGAACCUUCCAGUUUGAUGUCUUCAUCUCUGCCGGAGGAGGACGCUACGUCCCUGAUGGCUUCAAGAGGAAGGAGCUGAGAGGGAAGCUGGCCAUCGGCAUCACAGCCAACUUCAUCAACAGACGCACGGCGGCCGAGGCCCAGGUGGCAGAGAUCAGUGGUGUGGCCCGGAUCUACAAUCAGAAGUUCUUCCAGGACCUACUCACAGAGACAGGUAUUGAUCUAGAGAAUAUUGUCUACUAUAAGGAUGACACCCACUACUUUGUCAUGACUGCUAAGAAGAAGAGCCUGCUGAAGAAGGGCGUCAUUAAACAGGACUACAGUGACGCAGAGCAGCUUCUGGCCGCGUCCAACGUGGACCGUGAAGCCAUGCUGCGUUAUGCCCACGACGCGGCCCGCUUCUCCACAGGCUACCAGCUGCCUGAUAUGCAGUUUGCCCAGAACCACGCGGGCCGGCCCGACGUGGCCAUGUUCGACUUCACCUGCAUGCACCGCGCUGAGAACGCCUCCAUCGUGCGGGAGAGGAGGGGCAAGAAACUGUUGAUUGGCCUGGUUGGAGACUGCCUGGUGGAGCCGUUCUGGCCCUUGGGGACAGGCAUAGCCCGGGGCUUCCUGGCAUCCCUCGACACAGCCUGGAUGGUGAGGAGCUGGGGUCUGGGCAAAGCGCCCCUGGAGGUCCUCGCACAGCGAGAGAGUGUCUAUCAGCUCCUGUCCCAGACAACUCCAGAGAACACCUGUAAAAACUACAGCGCCUACAGCAUCAACCCAACAACCCGCUACAAUCAGAUUAAGUUGACGUCCAUACAGGUCAACCAGGUGAAACAUCUGUACGACGUGGAAGACCCCCGUGAAUCCAACCGCCCCAGCCAAAAGCAGAACAACAAGCCACGCAUGCGCAGAGAUUCAACAGGUUUUGAUGAGCUGCUGAAAUGGUGUCAACAGCACACAGGCGGGUACCAGGGGGUGAAGGUGAAGGACCUGACUCAGUCCUGGAGGUCUGGCCUGGCUCUGUGUGCCCUCAUCCACAACUUUAGACCACACCUCAUUGACAUGGCCUCGCUGGAGGAGUCCAACACCGUCCACAACAACCAGCUGGCCUUUAGCGUCCUGGAGAGCGAACUGGGCAUCCCCCCCGUCAUGUCUGCCAGCGACAUGGCCACGCGCGGCCAGAUCGACAAGUUGUCCAUGGUGCUUUACCUCACCCAGGUCCGCAAUGCCUUUUCCAAGAGAACGCUCCCUAAAGAGCCACAGGCCCCAGUGACAGUGUACAAACCCAGUGCUUUCUCCCGGACCCAGUCUGUAGUGUUCUUCCUUAACAAGCUGAAGCACAACUCCCUGCAGAGGCGCAAGGAGAAGCUGGCAUCCAGGAGAGAAGCAAAGCAGAGAGAGAUGGGAGAUGAGGAGGAUCAAAUAUCCUCCCUCUCAGCCCCUGAGGUGAGUCCCAGGCCAGACCCGGACCCUGAGCCUGACCUGAACUGCAGCUCCCUGACAGGCAACUGUGAGGAGUGCUACUUCUGCGGCCAGAGGGUCUAUGUGCUGGAGAGGAUCAGCACUGAGGGCAAGUUCUUCCACCGGAGCUGCUUCACCUGCCAUCAGUGUGGCACCACCCUGCGACUGGGGGGCUACACCUUCAGCCAGGACACGGGGAGGUUCUACUGUGAGCUGCACUCAGAGGAUCUGGAGCUGGAAAGCAUGAGAGAACCCAGAUCUUUACAGGAUAGAGAGGAGGAGACUGUAGAGUAUGGUGCCUCCAGUGAGGACGACGCUCAUUCCUCAGAUGACAACACCCUGGACUGUGGCCUCGCGGGGCCGCAGCCCGCUGAGGGCCAGAGGCAGCCCCGCCCAGCUGAGCCUGAGGAGGGACCCCAGGAGCCCCAGCCACCCCCAGACCCUCCAGCCUGUCAGAGUGGACUCCAGCCUGGCGACGAGGACCAGAGGGGCGCGGAGACAGCCCACCCGGUUCCAGCGCCUCGCCCCUCGCGCUACGCCUCCCCCAGCCCUCAGCCCUCCCCUCCAGUGCCUAAACCUCGCUCCAUCCACCUGGCCACCCCCAGGGAUCCCUCCUCCCCCCCUGAGAGGCUCACCCCUGCCCAGGAGAACAGGACCCCCGGGGCAGCGGAGGCCGGCUCCAGACCCAAGCAGUCCCUACGGAAGCUCCAGCUGAGCGCCGAGGAGAAGGACCAGCUGCUGAACCUGACCUACAGCCACGACUCGGACUCAGAGACCCCCGGGGGCUCCUCCUCUUGCUCCUCUUCCUCCGCCACAGCGGGGGGGCCCAGCCCCCCCAAGCCUGGCCGGCCGAGGGAGGACCACUGGAGCGGCAGCUGGGGACCAGGGGCGCAGGUCCGAGAUCAUAGAAACCGCCGCUGCUUUAGACGGAAAGAGGAGCCUGGAGGCCAGAACCAGCCCGCCAAGGUCCGAUCCAAGUUCUCACCCUGGAACCUCUCCUCCCCCAGGCUGGGCAGAGACCACAGACUGAGUGUCCUCAACAUCCACCCAGAAACUGCGGUUGAGUACGGCCACAAAGCGUCCGAGGAAGAGGGUGCUGAUGAGGAUGAGGAUGACGACGACAUGUUUGAGAAAGAUGACAGCGAUUUGUUCAAUGAGAAGUUCCAGGAUGUCCCCUCGGACCCAGUGCAGGCCGGAAAGAUGGAGCUGAUGAAGAUGAGAACCCUGGAACGGCGGGCAAAGAUAUGCGAAAUGCAGCGCUUCACCAAGGCCCAGUCUAUCCAGAGGCGGCUGGAGGAGAUCGAGGUGACGUUCAAGGAGCUGGAGGGGAAGGGGGUGGUCCUGGAGAGGGCUCUCAGAGGAGAAGCAGGCGGAGGCGGUUCUCCUGAGAUGAUCGAACAGUGGAUCCAGCUGGUCCAUGAGAAGAACGAGCUGGUCUCUGAGGAGUCAGACCUCAUGGUGGCGUCUAGACAGUUGGAGCUGGAGGACAAACAGAGCAUGUUGGAAAUGGAGCUGCGUAAACACAUGGAGCUUAGUGACUCUGAGAAAACGGCGGAGCAGCGAGCAGAGGAGGAGCGUGUCCUGCAGCAGAUGAUCGAGGUGGUGGACAUGAGGGACUCUCUGGUGUCCUUCCUAGAGGAGAAGAGGCUGAAGGAACUGAGCGAGGAGCAGCACAUCAUCACCAUCAUGGAGGCCAAGAGACACUCCUCGCCUGGAGCCCAGGUGCACUGGGCGUGAGAGGCAGGCACUCGGACGGUUUCUCACACACACACACACACACACACACACAGAGAGAGACAAGUAUGAUGGAGAUGGAUUUGCUGCUUACAAACUCGGGUGCUGUCCUCCAUUUGCAAAGCCAAAGAUCGACUGUACACUUGCAAAAGAUGCAUUGUCAAAGAUGAGUUGUGCUCUCGGGGGAACAAGGACCUGAGAGGCCCAAGUGAAUUCCAGGAUAACCGCUAGAGGAAGAGCUGGACUGGAGAUCUGAGGCCCACUAAGUGGCUUCAUCCAAACUGACAGCUUCACCUGCCAGACGUGGCCCUGCCGAGCGUCCAGCAGCCCGGAGACAGAGGGAGCCCCGCUGCUAGCUGCCCUCCCUCCCCUCACUGCAGCACACACACUGAGGAGUGGGAGCUGGAACACAGCUCACUAAACUGGGACUUGAAGCCCAAAACGCAGCUUCUUUACACAGGUCGGACCGUGUUGUUAAACUCUGUGUUUAUUUGCUUGUCAGCUUGUACUAAUGCAGACGCACAACAGCAAUGUACAUAUCGCAGUUCCAUGUUGAAUAUUUGUACACUGUAUAAGAUACUAGUAUUAUAGUGUCUUGGAAUAAUCAUAAUACUAUUUAGAUGACCUCAUAUAAUAAAUAUUGAUAUUGAAUAACCAAGUUGUUUUUUUAUUUGAAUCUUUCUUUUCCUUUGUUGGCACUUUUUGUUGUUCACCAUGUGCUUUGUGUUUGCGUGCAUGUUACAUAGAUGGCUGCUGUCUCAGGGUUGACAAGCACUCUUCUAGUAUUUGUCACAAAAUGGUCUUUCCUUCAACUGAAGGGUUUCAGCAUAUGGUGUGGUUUACAUGAGUUAUGGCUUCAGGAAGAUGUGGCACUGAACAAUAGAAAGGUUGUCUGAAGUGACAGGGUACUUGGAGUAGUGUGUUAGCCAUCCAUCAUCCCACAUCUGCAGAUGUCUCAUGUGUUGACAGUAUAGCCCAGUACAAGAUAGGCUGGGCCUUUGUUGUGAAUGAGGCCCAGCCUUAUGUAUCUGUUGUAAAAUGCUGCCAUCUUGUCCUGCCAGGACAGCACUUUCAAAGUAUAUAAAAUAAAGAACAUGCACUUUCA